AUGUCGUCUAAUUCCCAUGCACAUAUCUACCUCAUUACCAUUAUAAUCUGUGUCCUCCCGAUUAUUAAACUCGUCCACACCACUCCAAGUGAUGUCGAGUGCCUCCGAGCUGUAAAGUCCUCUCUUCAAGACCCGUCAAACCAUUUGGACACUUGGAAUUUCGAAAACGGGACAAACGCAUCGAUUUGCAGAUUCAACGGUAUCGAGUGCUGGCACGAAGAUGACAAUAGGGUCCUCAACGUAAAACUCUCCGGAAUGGGCCUCCGGGGCGAUUUCCCAUUGGGCUUCGGUAAUUGUUCGUCCAUGACAGGACUCGACCUGUCGAGCAACGAGCUCCACGGACAGAUCCCGGUUAAUAUUUCUUACAUCAUCGGUUAUGUCACCUCACUCGACCUCUCGUCCAAUCAGUUCUCCGGGCAGAUUCCUGAAAAUCUUGCAAACUGCACUUACCUCAACACACUCAAUCUCGAGAACAACCGGUUGACCGGUCAAAUACCGAUGCGGAUCGGUCAGCUCAGCCGGUUGACGACGUUCUCAGUGGCGAGGAAUCGGUUGACUGGGCCCGUGCCCAACUUCUGGAAUGCUACCUUUGGGCCCAAUAGCUACGAGGGUAAUUCUGGCCUUUGUGGAGGGAGUGGGCUGAGGAGUUGCCCGGGCUCGCCGGUGAAGGAUCGGAAUCCGGCAAUUAUUGGGGGAGCAGUUGGUGGGGUGGCCGUUGGGGCCGUGUGUGUGUUUGUUGGAAUGUACGUUUAUUUGUCAAGGAAGAAGAAGAAGGAAGAGGACCCUCUUGGGAAUAAAUGGGCCAAGAGUAUCAAAGGCGCAAAACACGUCAAGCUGUCGAUGUUUGAGAAAUCGGUCUCGAAAAUGAGUCUGAACGACCUCAUGAAGGCGACUAAUGACUUCAGCAACGAGAACAUAAUCGGGUCGGGUCGAACCGGGACAAUGUACAAGGCCAUCCUUCAAGACGGGAUUUGCCUCGCGGUCAAACGCCUUCAGGACACCCAACACUCGGAGAAAGAGUUUGUGUCCGAAAUGACAACCUUAGGGAACGUGAAGCAUCGCAACCUAGUCCCGCUCGUCGGCUAUUGUCUGACCAAAAAGGAAAGAUUCCUCGUUUACCGUUACAUGCCAAACGGCACCCUUCACGAUCGGCUCCAUAAUCUUGACGAAAAGGGCCACCAAGUCAUGGACUGGCCCACACGGCUAAAAAUCGCCACUCGAGCCGCCAAGGGGAUCGCGUGGCUCCACCAUAGCUGCAACCCGCGCAUACUCCACCGAAACAUCAGCUCGAAAUGCAUUCUGCUCGACUCGGAUUUCGAGCCCAAGAUUUCCGAUUUCGGGCUGGCCCGUCUAAUGAACCCGGUCGACACCCACUUGAGCACGUUCGUCAACGGCGAGUUCGGGGAUUUGGGCUACGUGGCGCCCGAGUAUGCGCGAACCCUCGUCGCCACUCCGAAAGGUGACGUGUACAGUUUUGGGGUCGUGCUCUUGGAGCUGGUCACUGGCGAGAGGCCGACUCAUGUGGGCAGGGCCCACGAGGGAUUUAGAGGGAGCCUGGCCGAGUGGGUAUUGGGCCUUUCGGGCGAGUCAAGGCUGCGGGACUCGAUCGACGGGUGUUUGGUGGGGAAAGGUUUUGACGGCGAGCUUUUUCAGUUUCUGAAGGUUGCGUGCAGGUGUGUUGGGCCGGGCCAUAAGGAGAGGCCCACUAUGUUCGAGGUUUACCAGUUGCUGAGGGCGGUGGGAGAAAGGUACGAUUUCACGACCGAGGAUGAGAUAUUAUUGGUGCCGGAGAAUGAUGAUGAUGACGAGAAGCUCGUGGAGCUUAUUGUCCGCGCGUGA